AUGCAUACCCAAAAGGCAAGAAAUGAAUCUCCAGAUGUUCUCAAGAAGCUGUCUCCUCAUGCUACUCGACUAGUGAAAUUAGAAGCGUUAGAGCCUGGCUCUUCUUCAUCUCCUAUCUCAGCUAAUAACAGAACACCGAAGGACAAAAGUCCAAAAGUUCCAGACCGUAAAUCUCCACUAAGUCCUGUCUCCGAGAAGAAAAAGCCAAGCAGAAUAACGGAGCUUGAGGAGCUAGUGCUUCAAGAGGGUCUGAAGAAGGCUCAAGGCACAGUGUCUAAGACAUCAAAGAAACAAGCAAAUCAAGAAUCAGAAGAGUCCAGGAAACAGCUACAAGAAGUUUCAAUGGAAGAGGCUGACAAGAGUAGGCAGAGAGCGGUUAGAGUCACUGAGCAACUAGAUGCAACUCAAGCGUCAAACUCGGAAAUGGAAACAGAACCCAGGAAGCUCAAAGUUCAAUGGAGAAAACCUGCGGAAGCAGCUACCGCCAUGCUCCCUACGGGAAACAACUAUAAUCAAACAAACUCUCCUUACUCUAAGGUGAUCGAUGAUGAAGUGACAAAGAAGAAAACUGGAAAUGUACUCAAAAAGAUUGGUGUUUUCUGGAAGAAGCCUCAGAAAUAGCUGGAGAAUGACAAUGAUGAUUAGGUACCAUUGGUUUGGUGACUCUGGUAUUGAUGUGAAUUAGUGGUUUGAGGACUUUUUUUUUGUCAAAGGAGUUUGAGGACUUUGUUCUGAAGAGAAAUAUACAUGUUCGAAAUAUUUGAGUUGUGGUAAUUUUAUGUUAAGUAUUCAGGAGCAAAACUGUUAAUUCUGUCAUUAAGGAAUUAGUUGUUGCCUGUUAAUAUCAUUAAGUCUGAUUGGGCUGAUUGUAUCUCAUUUCAAGAUAAUGAAUCAACUGUUUUGUUGUC